AUGCAGCAGCGCCAACAAGUUCUUGGUCGCAGCGUCCCUCCAGAGAUGGAAUGGCUCUUUUCGCACAAGCUCCCCGCCUUUCCCUACGUCCUCCGACUUGUGAAGCUGUACUUUAAAAUGGUCCAUCCGCUUCGAUCCUUCGGCUUCAUACAUCGCCCGUCGUUUAUGCAGUUCAUCGAGGACCAGAGCGAGGCUGGCCGCAACAGCAACGUCGUCCUCUUGGCUGUCUGCGCGCUGGGUGCCAAGUUCUUUGCAGCCUCGUCUGCGACAUCGUCGUCGGAGGGGGCAGGCGAGGGGCUCGCCUUGCGCGCAGGCUGUCAAUGGGCACGCAGAGCCCAGCAACUGCUCUUUGCAAGCAUCAACCGCCCGUCUACAGACACAGUCAUGGCCGCCGUCCUCUUACACGAACACGAGCUUCGCAUCGGCAACUACGCCGCCGCAUUCAUGAUCACCGGGCUCGCAGUCCGCUUCGCGCAGGGGCUCCAGCUCAACGUCGAGCAGCAAGUCGUCCACGCCCGCGUCAGCCCGGCCAAGGUCAUGCCCUCGCUGUAUGAGUCGUGCAGGCGCGUCAUGUGGAGCGUCUAUGUCAUGGAUUCGUGGGUGGGGAGCGGCGUGGACGAGCUGACGAUGCUCGACGACAAGAACAUCAACAUCCAGCUGCCCGCGCCCGAAAGCGACUUCGUCCUCGAGACGCCCAGGGCGACGCUCCUCCCACAGUUGCCGUCAGGCGGUAGCUUUAGGACGACCAGGUCUGGCGAGCUGGACCUUGAAGCGCAUUUUGUUGUGAUGGUGGGCCUCCGCAAGAGGAUCUUACGGGUCGUCAAGCACUUGGACGAGUCGCAACCGCCAUGGGUAGACCAGUCGGAAUACUCAACCCUGAGGGCAGAGUGUCAGGCGUGGUACAGCUCCCUGCCAGAGAGCCUCAAGUUCAGUCGCUCGGCGGUGCAGAAACGCAAGGUCUCGGGCCAGCACGGCGCGCUCAUACUCUUGCACAUCACAUAUCACCAGUCCAUGUGCGACCUGACGAGGAUCGGCAUGGCCGAGCUCUUUCGGAUCCGCGCGCCCAUCGCGUUCCCCGCGGAACAGCACGAGUUUGUGCAGCAGGUGCAGGACGCUUGCUUCGACCACUGCAUGGCCGUCUCCUCGGUCCUCCAAGAAGCUCUCCAUCAUGGCACCGAGGCCUUUGCGGACACUUGGCUUUGUGUCGUGGCACAUGACGUAUCGAGAGUCCAGAUUCACUACGCGAAGAACCACUUGGGAUCUGGCACGCGACAUGACCACUACGGCUUCGCAUCCGAGGUAAACGCCGCGCUUAGUGUCAACUUUGAGGCCCUGCACAGGAUGACCCCGUUGCUCGCUUUGGCGAAGCCCUUGCACACCGCGGCGCUUGCAUUGGCCAAGUCGGCGGGCUUCGAGCUGUCGAUGGCUGACCCCGAAGCACGCUUCAAUGCUUCCGGAAAUGCGCCGUCCCGUCCAGGCAGUCCCUGUCCUCUUACGCCAGAGUACGUCUUGAACCCACUGGCCAUCUACCGCAUGGCACGCAAAGAGAUCCGAGCAAGCCGGUCCAGCGGAGCGGACUGCGCCGACAGGAGUUGUGCUGCCGACGAGGAGUACACGGAGGUGCACCAGCCCAUGCCGACGCCUGCAAUGGAAUCAUCAGCCAUCGCAGAGCCGGCGUACAGAGCAGCAGACAACCCGCAAGACCAAGCCGAUGCCAUCCGGAACAUGCCCAUGCCGGAGCCAUUCCAGCUUCCCAUGAGCUUCGACGAUUUGCAAGUGUACAUGAGCCUUCCGCCCUUGCUCGAUCCGUACGAAGAGCCGGCAGAUCACAGGAACGGAACGGGGGCCUUCUUCGACUUCAACGGCGCGUCGGCCAUGGCACCGUUCCAGGCAGCUCCCGUGCCAUUCGUGGGACCAGCCGACCCGGGCGCUGGGCUGGCGGAGUAUAUGCCCCAGUUUGACCAGCGAGGAUCCAUGUGGGCGACGUAGAGCGACAUGGCGGCGAUUACAGGUCGUUGACGUCUCGGCUCUAAACUGUCUGGCCCCCGUGACCCAUAACAAGGGAGUGCACCGUUCCGUCUGCAUGGCCUCACACUAGUUUGAUGGUCAUGACUUCUUCGGGAAACCCCAAGCGUUGCAGCCAAAGAUCAGCACUCACGCCGGCCUGCGAUGGUGGCUUGGACAGCUGCACGAGGCCGAUGCGCUUCAACGUGAGUGACUCGCAUGUCACAGCGAGACUUGCGGCUGUCAAUAUCAUGAGGUAUAUGGCACCGGAAACGGGCGACUCGCCCAGCGCCAGGCAAAACACCUCCGAGCCGUGUGGGAUAGCAUCGUGCCCCGCGCGAACAUCAUAGUCUGCCCAGGUGGUAUUGACGGCGGAUUCAACAAUAUCGAGCCGGAGAAGCUGCCAUGGCCUCACCGCGGUGCUGUUGUCCCCAUCUUCCUCAUAGCGGACUCUUGUCGCUGCCAGUCUGCCACGCAGCUUGAGGUGGCCGUCCAGCAGCUCACCCGUCUUGUCCACGCCUGCGCUCGCACAACUGGCUUCCAAUACCUCACAGAGAGGCACUAUGCCGGCAGCCGCGUCGGCGAAUUUGACGGCGCCCUUGACGGCGCCCCAAGACCAUGAGGGGGCUCGCCAUGGAGCCGGGCGUUGCGCCGGGGCGCCAUCGUCGCUGCCCGCGCCAACAACAAAGCCCUCUACGUGCCACAGGAGGUCGCCGACGAGCGUCUUCUUCCACAGGCCGGCUAGGUACUCCGACUGUACGACGCUUUGGAAGUGCUUGGCCAAGCCCGAAAUGGCCGGGAAUAUGUCUCUGUCAAACGUGAGGUCCAGCGUAGAAUACUCCUCGACCAGCCGAUGCCAACAUCGGUCCAGCUCCGUGUCGCUGAGUGUCAGCCAAUGGUCACGACUGAAAAAGGUCUUGGGGCGCGAUAUAUGAUCAACUCCAGCUUCGUUGUGGGAAGCCGGUGUCCCAUGCGAAGCGUCUCCACACGUGCAUUGACAGUAGCUGGCCUCGAGGCACUCCCAGAAGAGCUCUUGCGGCCCAAAGUGCAGGACGCGCGGCGACAGGAAGCGUUCUUGGAAUAUCCACCCGCGGGUGAGCGUUGGAAGAUCGGGCCUCGCGCCGAGUCUCUGGUCCAUGUACCCCGGAAUAUGGGCGAGGGAGCGCCGGAAGCAGAUUGCUUCGGUGGCGUCCUCGGCGAGCGGAAGCUUCAGGUG